AUAUUAAAAAGCAUGAUCCGUAAUUCUUCUUCUUCUUUUUUUUUUUUUUUUUUAUAAAAGUUGAAAUCUAUCAUUUUCCAAUGAGAGUGCUGCAUCUGUCGCUUGGAGUGUUUUUGUCUCGCUGUUGCACAACAGAGGCUCUCCAGUCUUUAACCUAAAAUGGCAGCUUUAAUUUGACUGGGGCCCAUUCAUUGACAAUGAUAAUAAAAAGGCUGAAAGCUAAAUGUAGCUGGAUGCUUGGGGCACGUAUGCAGAACACUUUCCUCUCCAUUGCUGGGCGCUGCUAAGAGAGGAACUUCCAAGCUCUCUAGUUUCCACUGUGAAAGUUUCCAACACUUUUUUUUUCUUAUUAACAAAAUAAAAAUAAUAAUAAAAAACCCACAUUGCUCAGCAUAGACCAUAUUUUAGAUGUCCAGGUUGCUUACAAACUUAGCAGUGAGGCGACAGUUAGAGAGAGCUCCUUUGAAGAGGUCUGCAUUUAUAACACCAGUAGAAAAAUUCUAGUAAUCACUUCUAAAAUAAGAUGCAGUCUGGGGGAAAAUUAACCAUUUCUUUCUGAGGUUUGUAACAGGUGAUCCGAACAAUUACAUUCUGUAUAUUUUCCUGUCUCCAGCUACCAAAAGUGGGGAGUAUGGCUUGUUUCUUCUUGUUUGGUGUUGUAAAUGUGCUCAGGGUUUUGCAGAGAUCCUUAUGAUAGUGUACUAUUUUCCUCUAGGUUAAAACCACAGCUGCUUGAAAAAAGUAAUUAUUUAUGGUGUUAGACAUAAUGUGAAGUUUGAAACAGUUUUACAAAACAAAAUUUCCCCUACUAAAGUAUUGGUGAAUGCCACAGAUUCACGCAUCUUGUCCUGUCUUUCUGUUAAUCUGAACUGCUUAUUUUCAGUCUCUUUUGAGCUGUUUUAUAAACUUUAUAAAGAUGAUUAUUAAAGCCAUUGCACAGGCUCUUAGAAGAGUAUUAAAUGCUUGUGAUUGCAAGUGUAACUGAAUUACUGAUUCACUGAUACUAAUUGGAUAAUCAUAUUUGACCAAAUAUCUCACUAAAUAUUUAACAACGUGAUGACAUUUCUCUUAUUGCUUGUAAAUCAUGGUUAGAUUAUUUAAACAGGGGGAAAAGCCUCAUAUUUGCAACCCAAAAUUAUUUUAUCGCCUCUUCAGUAAUGAAGGAAAGUUUCGAUCACAGGCAAGGAUCACACAGUCCUUUUAGGAAAAUGAAAAUUUCUGGGGAUUUUGCACUGUAACAAUGUCAGUAAAAAUGAGGUUUAGUUGAACACUCUCUAUUGCAAUCAAAACUCUGUGCAGUGAUGGGAGAUUUCAGUUGUGACCAGUUCCUUUUGGGUUUGGUAAAUGCAGAAACCUGAAGAGUUGUUUCAAAGGAGCACUGUAAAGGUUUCCCUGUCCAUGUAGAGGGGUCAAUUAACCUGAGUGCAGUUUCUUUCCCACGCAAGUUAUUUACUGUUUUGAACUGAAAAGCUUCUGAUGAAUGUUUGCAGUAUUUCCCAUUCACACUCAAAUGAUAUUAGGACUUUUAUAAGACGUAAAACGAGUUCUUGGUGAGUCCAGGUGGGUCAGGCCGAUGGCAAAGCUGCAAGCAGGUACUGAAGAAGGAUGUGCUGCUCAGUCUGAGCUUGGCAUGGGUGGGUGGGUGUCGUGUUCAGUGGGCCUGUCCUGCCCCAGCACACAGGGAGGCUCCGUGCCAGGUCUGUGCCCCACGGACAGCAGCUCUGCAGGCAGGAGAACCUGCAGUGUGAGGAUACAACAAAACCUAAACAAAGGCAACCCAGACAUGAUUUUCUGUCAAGCUGGAAAGGCCUGAGUAAUAGAGGCUUCUCAGGCUUUCUCAGAGCUGCUGAAGUGUGGCAGUGAGGCUGCGUUUUGCCAUGUCCAAGGCAUCCCAUAGCAGCUGGCUGUUUGGGGUUUGGUUUUGUUUGUAGCGUAUGGUAAGAUAGGUAGAGGUUGCUAAGGUGGGAAGAGGUGGAAGAAAGUAACCAGGAAGAAGGAGGGUAGAAAUAAAUGCAGGUAUCUGGUUGAAUCCUGUACCUUACCUCUAUCCCUUAUUUCCCAUUCGUUUUUACCUUAAGUUUCAGAUGGAAAACCUUUAGAAUGUGCUGGUCGGUAUUUGCUCUUGUGAGUCUGGAGUAAUUCAAAGAAAUGUGUCUGGCUACCAAGGGUACAGGCAACUGUGUGACAAGUGGUGUGUGUGCCUGAAAAUCUUCCUUCCCCCAGUUCCCUUAAAUCCUUAUUUCCAAAUCUUUAUGUAUUUGUCUGCUGUGAACAAAUCACUAACUGCUCAGAUUUAUGAGCUGGUUAACUGAUGCCUAUAAGUAACACGGGUGAUACUUUUAUGUUACUUUAAUGUUCCCUGUAUACAAGAGAAAACUGCAAAUUUUAGUAAAUAAUUAAACUGUCUUUCUGACAAAUGACUCUUUUGUGUGUAGGUGAGGCUUCAGCCUUCACUUUUCCAACAGAAAAGUUACUGUAUUAAUUUAGCUUCACUAUUUAGCUUCGUCAUUAGGACAGACAUUACCUCCAUCGUUUCUCAUCAUUUGUAUUUCCAUGAAGAGCUUGUUAGCACAAAUACUACUGGAUUUUAAUGCAAGAAAGCUUUAAAUACUGUCUAUAUUGCAGCAGUGAUAAAAAGGCAAAGGGAAACUCCAAUUAUGGUUUAAUUUUUAAAACCCUUUCAGAGGCAGGAGUGAGGUACAAUAUGCAGAAACAUCCCAUGUUUUUAUUAGGGUUCUGAUGGGAUACUGAAACCUGAUGGAAGAUUUCCUCCUGAUUUCUUUCUGCCUGCACAAUGUGACUAACUUUCAGUGAUUUGCAUUUUAUCCAAGAUCAGCAGUCAUGGAAAUGCCACGUCAUAGUUGUGCACUAAAAUCUGUCUUGGAAAAUGAGGUUGGAAGAAGGCAUGAUGCAAAAAAUAAAAAGGAGGUUAUGACCUAAAGGACACAUUCCAAGAGCCCAAAUAUGACAACAAAGCUCUUAAGGGUAUUCUUAAGUAUAUAAAAGCUGAUUAGCUCUUAGCUUCCAACAUUGUGACUUUUCUGAGAUGUAAACGUGCACCUGGAAGAAGCUGAGCCAAAACCAAGGGUCUUUGUGCUGUCACUUGGGUUCUUCUCUGGAUGCUGUUCUGUAGCUGUUUCUAAACACUCUGGUUGUUUUGCUGCCCUUAUGCUAAAUGCAUUCUCCUUAAAAAAAAUAAAAAGAAAAGAAAAAAAGGAGGGGUACAACUUAAUUUGAGCAUUUUCUUUUAAAAGUUGGGAUUCAAUAAAAGAGUGCUAGUUACCAUAUAAGCUACUGUUUUAGUAGAACAUUGUAACACAUGACUUUGAAAGCUUAUUGGCAUGUGGGAACUAACCAGAAGCCCUUGCUGGCAUGAUGUAGGGCUCGCUUUGCUCUGUAGUGACCUAUAUAGCUAUUUUGGGUGUGGUUUUGCUUGGCUUUCAUGGGAGCUGAGUCCAACCUUCCUCUGACAUAGACAAUUGCUAUGACGAGAGGGCCUUGAGGGGAAUGGUGGGGGAAUAAAUAACUUUGGGAAUCAAUUGUCUGGAAAAAGUCAUUGCAGCCAAAAUGUCUGCCCUCUUCCUAAUGGUUCUGAGGGGAAAAUAAAAUUUCACUUAUAUGGUCCUGAUCCUAGAGGUUAUUCUGCUCAGGUUUCAUUUAAAUAUGAGCUUAUGUUUGGGGAGAGCAAUGCAGCAACUUACCUGCCUGGGAGUAGCUGGCAUAUGGCAAAUCCAGUGCCGGAUGGUUUGGAAGCACUUUAUUUUAAUGUCCUUGAGCCACUUUUUAAGCUGUUCUGCUGAGCUUUCUGCUUACUGCUAGAACUUCAACAGGUAGCUGGCUUUAACAUUUCUUGGUGAUUUUGAAAGAAAUUGACCUCCCCACAGUUUAUUUUGAUCACUAUCUACAAAGCACAUGUCACUUAAAACAUUUUGUGGAGGUGUACAUCAGAUGUACAAAGUAGAGUUCCUUCUGUGCAGCAGAGGCAGUCCUGCUCUGAAAACAAAACUUUUUAUUUCUCCUUCCUGCCCUUUCAACUCCCUUCCCCCCAGCUUUCCCAUAGAUUUUGUUCCAGUUCCUUUCCUGUUGGGUUUUUAAUCUUUUUUCCAAUUCAUACUGCUUUCUGUUUGCUUAAUGGAGUUGUGUUUUCUUGCCAGCCCUAGAUAAUGAGGAUAUGUGGCAAAAUAAACAUGCAUUUCAGCUCCUAAUAAUGCUGCUUUCUACCAAAACCGUGGAGGAUGCCUAAGUUGUUGUGGGGAGGGCUGGCUGGCUGCACCAAAGCUUGAUGAAGUCUCUUGUUAGCCCCUGGAUGCCGUCAUGGCAAGGGGAUGGGUGGCAGCAGGCAGCCAGAGCAGGGGGCUGCUGCAGUGUGCUGGCAGCUUCCCAAAGGUUCUUCAUGACCCUUUGAAGAGGAAAAUCCUCUUGUUUCAAGUUUUGUUUUCAUGAAAGUGACAUUCCCCGAUCUUUUAAUAGCAGAUAGAUAGAGCUGUAGUGGUUUCUCUUGCUCUGUGCACUGUGUAGCUGUCAGUGGGGAGGGUCUAGUCCCACGACAAUUUUGAAAUGCAUAUAGCCAUUGUAGGCUAUCCCUUGCCUAGCAGAGAAGUUUGGGGUGUGGGGAGAAGCUCCUGAUGGGACUGUGAUGUUUCUGAAAGAAAUAAGAGAGCUUCGGAGACCAGGAACUGUGUGACCAGUGGUAAAGCAGAUCAGAACAUGGAGCAAGGCCAAGGAAGACUUUAAUAAAGGCACUUUUGUCCUCGAUCUUAAAAUAGGAAGCCUAUGGAUUUAUUUACAGGGUAAACAGGAUUUGUUAAGUGGGUAGUCGCUAAGUGCGAAGGAAUUCUUCGGGAGAGAAUUCAGGUGAAGACUAAAGCUGAGCUUUAGUCUGGAAUUUUAGAAGUUUAGACAUCUGUAAUAGGACAAAACAUGGAAAAAGUCUUCAUCACAGGAAGCAUUGAGGAGCAGUAACCAGACUUUGCCUGACACUGCAUGGUCCAAAACAAUUAAGGAAAUAUGGAAUGACAUGAAGGAGAUUAGUUGAGGAUUAAAGGCUUUGAGGACAAAACACCUCACCGAGGUGAAGCACAGACUAACAUUCUGGUUGUAGCUCCAAGGAGCUGUGUGCUGAAAAAAGAUGGCAGAUCCAGGAAUGAUGAGUCUGUUUGGAGAAGAUGGGAAUAUUUUCAGUGAAGGGUUGGAAGGUCUUGGAGAAUGUGGAUAUCCUGAAAAUACAGUGAAUCCUAUGGGUCAGCAAAUGCCCAUGGAUCAGGGAUUUCCCGCUUUACAGUCAUCUCUUCAUCAUCCUCCUGCAAAUCAAAACCAAGCCAAGUUGACCCAUUUUGAUCACUAUAAUCAAUACGAACAGCAGAAAAUGCACCUGAUGGAUCAGCCGAACAGGAUGAUAAGCAAUGCCCCUGGGAAUGGUAUAGCGUCUCCUCAUUCGCAGUAUCACAACCCUCCAGUUCCUCAGGUUCCUCACAGCAGUGGUGCUGGUGGUCAGAUGGGAGUCUAUCCCGGCAUGCAGAACGAAAGACACGGCCAACCCUUCGUAGACAGUGGCUCCAUGUGGGGACCACGGGCAGUUCAAGUGCCAGACCAGAUAAGAGCCCCAUACCAGCAGCAACAGCAGCAGCAGCAGCCGCAACCGACGCAGCCACCACAGGCACCCUCCGGACCCCCUGGGCAGGGCCAUCCUCAGCACAUGCAGCAGAUGGGAAACUACAUGGCUCGUGGUGAUUUUUCAAUGCAGCAGCACAGUCAGCCGCAGCAGCAGAGGAUGAACCAGUUUUCUCAAGGCCAAGAAGGCCUUAAUCAGGGAAACCCUUUCAUUGCCACCUCAGGACCUGGCCACUUGUCUCAUGUGCCCCAGCAGAAUCCCAGUAUGGCACCUUCUUUGCGACACUCAGUCCAGCAAUUUCACCACCAUCCCCCUACUGCUCUCCAUGGGGAAUCAGUAGCCCACAGUCCCAGAUUCUCCCCUAAUCCUCCCCAGCAGGGUGCUGUUAGGCCGCAAACACUUAAUUUUAGUUCUCGGAGCCAGACGGUACCCUCACCUACUAUAAACAACUCAGGGCAGUAUUCUCGAUAUCCUUACAGUAACCUUAAUCAGGGAUUAGUUAAUAAUACAGGGAUGAAUCAGAAUUUAGGCCUUACAAAUAACACUCCAAUGAAUCAAUCUGUACCAAGAUACCCAAAUGCUGUCGGAUUUCCAUCAAACAGUGGUCAAGGACUAAUGCACCAGCAGCCCAUCCACCCUAGUGGCUCACUUAACCAAAUGAACACGCAAACUAUGCACCCUUCACAGCCUCAGGGAACUUAUGCCUCUCCACCUCCCAUGUCACCUAUGAAAGCAAUGAGUAAUCCAGCAGGUACACCUCCUCCACAGGUUAGACCCGGUAGUGCUGGAAUACCAAUGGAAGUUGGCAGUUACCCAAAUAUACCCCAUCCUCAGCCGUCACACCAGCCCCCUGGUGCCAUGGGAAUUGGACAAAGGAAUAUGGGCCCCAGAAACAUGCAACAGAAUCGUCCAUUUAUGGGUAUGUCUUCAACACCACGGGAGAUGGGUGGGCACAUGAGACCAAAUGGUUGUCCAGGUGUUGGCCUUGCAGAUCCACAAGCAAUACAAGAGCGACUAAUAUCUGGCCAGCAGCUUCCUAGUCAACAGCAGUCUUUUCAACAGCAAAUGCCAACCUGUCCUCCCAUGCAGCCUCAUCCAGGGAUACAUCACCAGUCUUCACCACCCCCACAUCCUCAUCAUCAGCCUUGGGCACAGCUUCACCAGUCACCACAAAACACACCACAAAAAGUGCCUGUCCUUCAGCAUUCUCCGUCGGAACCCUUUUUAGAGAAACCAGUGCCGGAUAUGACUCAGGUUAGUGGACCGAAUACCCAGCUAGUGAAAAGUGAUGAUUAUCUGCCGUCAAUUGAGCCGCAGCCACAGCAAAAGAAAAAGAAAAAGAAAAACAAUCACAUUGCUGCAGAAGGUCCCAGUAAAGGUUUUGGUAAGGAAGACUUUCCUGGGGGACUUGACAGCCAGAAUCUAAGCAGAAACUCAGUGGAUUGCUCCCAAGAAGACAAGAAGAAAAAGAAAAAGCCCAAGGCAAAAAAAGAACCGAAGGAUCCUAAAGAACCCAAGGAAAAGAAGGAACCCAAGACCCCCAAAGUCCCUAAGACCCCUAAAGAGCCAAAGGAAAAGAAAGCAAAAAAUACCACGCCAAAACCCAAGACCAGCAAAAAGGCUAGUAGCAAGAAGCAAGAUUCAGAAGCCAGUUCUGCAAAGAAAAAGGUUAACAAGGGAAAGGAAGGUUCUGAAAACUCAGAUUUGGAAAAAACUCCACCACCAUCACCUCAUCCUGAAGAUGAAGAUGAUCCAGGGGUUCAGAAACGACGCUCCAGCAGGCAGGUGAAGAGGAAGCGUUAUACUGAAGACCUGGAGUUCAAGAUUUCAGAUGAGGAGGCUGAUGAUGCUGAUGGUGCUGGAAGAGACUCUCCUUCAAAUACUUCUCAGUCAGAGCAGCAGGAAUCUGCUGAUGCUGAAGGUCCUAUUGUGGAGAAAAUCAUGAGCAGCCGUUUAGUCAAGAAAAAGAUGGAAAAUGGAGAGGAAGUAGAAGUAGAGGAAUUCUAUGUAAAGUACAAAAACUUUUCUUACCUUCACUGUCAGUGGGCAUCUGUUGAAGAGCUGGACAAAGACAAGAGAAUUCAGCAGAAGAUUAAGCGGUUUAAGGCAAAACAGGGCCAGAAUAAAUUCCUUUCUGAAAUUGAUGAUGAGCUUUUUAAUCCAGAUUAUGUGGAAGUUGAUCGAAUCAUGGAUUUUUCACGUAGCACAGAUGAUAAUGGAGAGCCUGUAACGCAUUAUCUGGUGAAGUGGUGUUCGCUUCCUUAUGAAGACAGCACUUGGGAGCUCAAGCAAGACAUCGACCAAGCCAAGAUCGAAGAAUUUGAGAAACUGAUGUCUAGGGAGCCAGAAAUGGAGCGUGUGGAGCGACCUCCUGCCGAUGACUGGAAGAAAUCGGAGAGUUCCAGGGAGUAUAAAAACAAUAACAAACUCAGGGAAUACCAGUUGGAGGGAGUAAACUGGCUUCUUUUCAAUUGGUACAACACACGAAACUGCAUUUUAGCAGAUGAAAUGGGGUUGGGAAAGACUAUCCAGUCCAUUACGUUUCUCUAUGAGAUAUAUUUGAAAGGAAUCCAUGGUCCUUUCUUGGUUAUUGCACCAUUGUCCACAAUUCCCAACUGGGAAAGGGAGUUCCGCACCUGGACAGAGUUGAAUGUUGUUGUGUAUCAUGGGAGUCAAGCGAGUCGGCGGACCAUUCAGUUGUAUGAAAUGUAUUUCAAAGAUCCACAGGGUCGUGUGAUAAAGGGGUCCUACAAGUUCCAUGCCAUUAUCACAACAUUUGAAAUGAUCUUGACUGACUGCCCAGAGCUGCGUAACAUUCCAUGGCGUUGCGUGGUCAUUGAUGAAGCUCACAGGCUGAAAAACAGGAACUGUAAGCUUUUGGAAGGACUCAAGAUGAUGGAUCUGGAGCAUAAAGUGCUGCUUACUGGAACCCCUUUGCAAAAUACAGUAGAAGAGCUGUUUAGCUUGCUUCACUUCUUGGAACCGGGUCGCUUUCCAUCAGAAACCACAUUCAUGCAAGAAUUUGGGGAUCUUAAAACUGAAGAGCAGGUGCAAAAACUGCAAGCUAUUUUGAAGCCGAUGAUGCUGAGACGUCUCAAGGAGGAUGUGGAAAAGAACCUGGCCCCCAAAGAGGAAACCAUCAUUGAAGUUGAGCUGACAAAUAUUCAGAAGAAAUACUAUCGUGCUAUUCUUGAAAAGAAUUUCACAUUUCUUUCCAAGGGCGGAGGUCAGGCAAAUGUACCUAAUCUUUUAAACACUAUGAUGGAACUAAGAAAAUGCUGCAAUCAUCCAUACCUUAUUAAUGGUGCUGAAGAGAAAAUUUUGGAAGAGUUUAAAGAAACACACAAUGCCGACUCUCCAGAUUUUCAGCUCCAGGCAAUGAUCCAGGCUGCUGGCAAGCUCGUACUGAUUGACAAGCUGCUGCCAAAACUGAAGGCUGGUGGCCACAGGGUGCUUAUCUUUUCCCAGAUGGUGCGCUGCUUGGACAUACUGGAAGACUACCUCAUUCAAAGACGGUACCCAUACGAACGAAUUGAUGGUCGAGUGAGAGGCAACUUGCGUCAGGCAGCUAUUGACAGGUUUUCAAGACCUGAUUCUGAUAGGUUUGUUUUCCUGCUGUGUACAAGGGCAGGAGGUUUGGGCAUUAAUCUUACUGCUGCUGAUACCUGCAUCAUUUUUGAUUCAGACUGGAAUCCCCAAAAUGACCUCCAGGCUCAAGCACGAUGUCACAGAAUAGGGCAGAGCAAAUCAGUGAAAAUUUACAGGUUGAUAACAAGGAAUUCUUAUGAAAGGGAAAUGUUUGACAAAGCUAGCCUGAAGCUGGGCCUUGAUAAGGCUGUGCUACAGUCUAUGAGUGGAAGAGAAAAUGCCACAAAUGGGGUGCAACAACUGUCUAAAAAAGAAAUAGAAGAUCUUCUUCGAAAGGGGGCAUAUGGUGCUCUGAUGGAUGAGGAAGAUGAAGGGUCUAAGUUUUGUGAAGAGGAUAUCGAUCAGAUUCUCUUAAGGCGGACACACACAAUUACUAUUGAAUCUGAAGGAAAAGGCUCAACAUUUGCCAAGGCUAGUUUUGUUGCAUCUGGGAACAGGACAGAUAUUUCUUUGGAUGACCCUAAUUUCUGGCAGAAGUGGGCAAAGAAAGCUGAGCUGGAUAUUGAUGCUCUAAAUGGAAGGAACAACCUAGUUAUUGAUACACCAAGAGUAAGGAAGCAAACCAGACUCUACAGUGCAGUCAAAGAGGAUGAGCUGAUGGAGUUUUCAGACCUGGAAAGUGAUUCUGAGGAAAAGCCUAGCACAAAGCCCCGCAGGCCUCAGGACAAAUCACAAGGUUAUGCAAGAAGUGAAUGUUUCAGGGUGGAGAAGAACUUGUUGGUUUAUGGCUGGGGUCGGUGGACUGACAUCCUCUCACACGGGCGCUAUAAACGUCAGCUAACAGAGCAAGAUGUGGAAACCAUCUGCCGGACUAUCCUGGUGUAUUGUCUUAAUCAUUACAAAGGGGAUGAAAAUAUCAAAAGUUUCAUCUGGGAUCUGAUCACUCCAACUGCAGAUGGGCAAACUCGAGCUUUGGUUAAUCAUUCCGGUCUGUCUGCCCCAGUGCCCAGAGGGAGGAAAGGGAAGAAAGUAAAAGCCCAGAGUUCACAGCCAAUGCUGCAAGAUGCUGAUUGGCUCACAACCUGUAAUCCAGAUGUAUUAUUUCAAGAAGACAGCUAUAGGAAACAUCUUAAACAUCACUGUAAUAAGGUCCUGCUGCGUGUCCGCAUGCUCUACUAUCUACGACAAGAAGUUAUAGGGGACCAAGCAGACAAGAUCUUAGAGGGUGCUGACUCAAGUGAAGUAGAUGUGUGGAUACCUGAGCCAUUCCAUGCCGAAGUUCCUGCAGACUGGUGGGAUAAGGAGGCAGAUAAAUCCCUUUUAAUUGGAGUAUUUAAACACGGUUAUGAGAAGUACAAUUCUAUGAGAGCUGAUGCAUCACUGUGCUUUCUGGAACGGGUUGGCAUGCCUGAUGCAAAGGCCAUAGCUGCUGAACAGAGAGGGACAGACAUGUUAGCAGAUGGCGGUGAUGGGGGUGAAUUUGACAGAGAGGAUGAAGAUCCAGAAUAUAAGCCAACCAGAACUCCCUUCAAGGAUGAAAUUGAUGAAUUUGCAAACUCACCUCCAGAAGACAAAGAGGAGUCCAUAGAAUUACACCCAAGCAAGCACAGUGAAAGCAAUGCUGAGUUAGGGCAACUCUACUGGCCCAACACUUCAACCCUGACUACCCGUCUGCGUCGCCUCAUUACUGCCUAUCAGCGCAGCUAUAAAAGGCAACAAAUGAGGCAAGAGGCACUAAUGAAGACUGACCGCAGGAGACGUCGGCCUCGAGAAGAAGUGAGGGCACUGGAGGCAGAAAGGGAAGCUAUAAUAACUGAGAAACGACAAAAAUGGACAAGAAGAGAAGAAGCCGAUUUUUAUCGUGUGGUGUCUACUUUUGGAGUUAUUUUUGAUCCUGUAAAACAUCAAUUCGAGUGGAAUCAAUUCAGAGCAUUUGCCAGGCUUGACAAAAAGUCCGAUGAAAGCUUGGAAAAGUAUUUUAAUGGCUUUGUGAAUAUGUGUAGACGAGUGUGCCGAAUGCCAGUCAAACCAGAUGAUGAACCUCCUGAUCUUUCUACGCUGAUUGAGCCGAUCACAGAGGAGCGCGCUUCUAGAACUUUAUACCGCAUCGAGCUGCUGCGCAAGAUCCGCGAACAGGUUCUCCAUCACCCGCAGCUGGGGGAGAGGCUAAAGCUUUGCCAGCCAAGUCUGGACCUGCCAGAGUGGUGGGAGUGUGGUAAACAUGAUAAAGACUUACUGAUUGGUGCUGCUAAACAUGGAGUCAGUAGGACAGAUUAUCACAUUCUGAAUGAUCCUGAACUCUCUUUUCUUGAGGCUCACAAAAACUUUGCUCAAAACAGAGGGACAGGUAAUGCAAAUACUGUCUCUUCUGUAAACCCUCUGGGCACUGGCUGCAAUCAAACACCCCCAAUUGUCCCAUCCACACCAGUACAAGAAGAAAAGACUACAGAACCAACAGAGUCUAAAGUUGAAGGGUCUGAAAAUCCAGCAGCCAAAGAAAAGUCUGAAAUCAAAGAGGAGACAGAUACUACAGAUAAGGACACUAAACCAGACUGUGAUGCAGAGGCUGAGCCUGGCUCUGUUAAAUGUGAAUUGAAAGACAUAGAAAUGAGUACAGAUGUAGAUCCAAAAUCUAUUUCUGAGAAAGGUUCAGAAGAAGAUGAAGAGGAGAAACUGGAAGAUGAUGAUAAAUCAGAAGAAUCCUCCCAACCUGAAGCAGGAGCAGUUUCUCAGGGUAAGAAUUUUGAUGAAGAAAGCAAUGCCUCUAUGAGUACCGCAAGGGAUGAAACACGCGAUGGAUUCUACAUGGAAGACGGGGAUCCCUCUGUGGUUCAGCUGCUUCACGAGAGAACAUUUGCCUUCUCAUUCUGGCCUAAGGACCGAGUAAUGAUCAACCGAUUAGACAACAUCUGUGAAGCAGUGCUGAAAGGGAAGUGGCCAGUAAAUAGGCGCCAGAUGUUUGAUUUCCAGGGGCUCAUACCUGGGUACACUCCAACAGCUGUGGACAGCCCUCUACAGAAAAGGAGCUUUGCAGAGCUCUCCAUGGUUGGCCAAGCCAGCGUCAGUGGCAGCGAAGAUCUCACUGCUUCUCCUCAGUUAUCAAAGGAAGAUGCACUCAAUUUAUCAGUUCCACGUCAGAGGAGGAGGAGACGAAGAAAGAUUGAAAUUGAGGCUGAGAGAGCUGCCAAGAGAAGAAAUCUUAUGGAAAUGGUUGCCCAGUUACGUGAGUCUCAGGUGGUCUCAGAAAAUGGACAAGAAAAGGUUGUAGAUUUAUCAAAGGCCUCACGAGAGGCAACAAGUUCUACCUCAAAUUUUUCAUCUGUUACUUCAAAGUUUAUCUUGCCUAAUGUCUCCACACCUGUGUCUGAUGCCUUUAAAACUCAAAUGGAGCUGCUGCAAGCAGGUCUUUCACGCACACCCACAAGGCAUCUACUAAAUGGCUCUUUAAUAGAUGGAGAACCACCCAUGAAGAGGAGGAGAGGAAGGAGGAAAAAUGUAGAAGGCCUUGAUCUGUUAUUUAUGAGCAACAAACGGACAUCAUUGACUGUAGAGGAUGCAGAAGUGACCAAAGCUUUUGAAGAAGAUAUGGAAGCCCUACCAGCAAGGAACAUUCCCUCUCCUGGUCAAUUAGACCCAGACACUCGCAUCCCUGUAAUCAAUCUAGAGGAUGGGACCAGGCUGGUGGGAGAGGAUGCCCCAAAAAACAAGGAUCUAGUUGAAUGGCUUAAGUUACAUCCUACUUACACUGUAGAUAUGCCAAGUUAUGUACCAAAGAGUGCAGAUGUGCUGUUUUCCCCAUUUCAGAAGCCGAAACAAAAACGACACAGAUGUCGAAACCCUAAUAAACUGGAUAUAAACACCUUGACAGGAGAAGAAAGGGUACCUGUUGUAAAUAAACGAAAUGGAAAGAAGAUGGGUGGAGCUAUGGCCCCUCCAAUGAAGGACUUGCCAAGAUGGCUGGAAGAAAAUCCUGAGUUUGCUGUUGCUCCAGAUUGGACUGACAUUGUUAAACAGUCUGGUUUUGUUCCAGAGUCCAUGUUUGACCGUCUUCUCACUGGACCUGUUGUGAGAGAGGAAGGAGCAAGCAGAAGAGGAAGAAGGCCAAAAAGUGAAAUUGCCAAAGCAGCUGCAGCAGCUGCUGCUGUAGCAUCAACUUCGGGAAUCAACCCACUACUAAUGAACAGUCUGUUUGCUGGAAUGGACCUCACAAGCCUCCAGAACCUACAGAACCUGCAGUCUCUCCAGCUCGCAGGCCUCAUGGGCUUUCCACCAGGGCUAGCAACAGCUGCUGCUGCUGGGGGGGAUGCUAAAAAUCCGGCUGCCAUGUUGCCUCUGAUGUUGCCAGGGAUGGCAGGACUGCCCAAUAUGUUUGGACUAAGCGGAUUGUUGAAUAACCCGAUCACGGCUACUACUGGAAAUGCCACUACUGCUUCCGGUCAAGGAGAGACUGAGGAUGGCGCUUCAAAAGCUGAAGAGAAGAAAAAUGAGAAUGAAGAGGAGAACAAAGACUCUGAGAAAAGCACAGACACUGUUUCUGCUACUGACUCUGCGAAUGGAUCCGUCAGUGCUGCUACUGCGGCGACUACUGCCACUGCCACCACUACCACCACCACCAACACUGGAUUGCCCACAAACCCUCUGGCCUUCAAUCCUUUCCUGCUGUCUACUAUGGCUCCUGGCCUCUUCUAUCCAUCUAUGUUUCUACCUCCAGGACUGGGAGGAUUGACUCUGCCCGGUUUCCCAGCACUAGCAGGACUUCAGAACGCAGUGGGCUCCAAUGAAGAGAAGGCUACUGACAAAACUGAAGGAGCUGCCUUUAAAGAUGAAGAAAAUCUCGAAGGCAGUGAUGCAGAGGAGAGCCUUGAUAAAACUGCAGAUUCCUCCGUUUUAGAAGAUGAAAUAGCACAGGGUGAAGAAUUAGACUCACUUGAUGGGGGGGAAGAAAUAGAAAACAAUGAAAACGAUGAAUAACCAGUACCAGUUACAGUUAAAGUGUUUUAAACUUUUGACAAGUGGUAGUCCUACUGUUUACACUCACAGUUAAUGUCCAUACUUAGUUUUUAUAAGCUGUUCUGUAACAUAGUGUAGCAAAAAAGAAAAAAAGUUCAAGUCAUGUUAUACAGAUGUGUCAAAAGGUAUCUUGGUCAUUAAGUAUUGUGCAGUGCAUUAUUUAUUAUCCCUAGGAGAGAUGAAAUUUGAGAGGUGAUCAUGUCUUUUUAAGGAAAUUGACAUAAUGCUCUGCUUUUUUUUUCUUUUGGUACCAUUGGUAUUAUGAAUUAAGCAGCAAUUUGUAAUCAAGUGGCACUAAUAGAAGGAAGUGCUGCUUAAAGGAAGGAUGAAGUUAUAUAUUUAAUUUUUUUUUUUCUUUUUUCUUUUUUUUUUCCUUUAUUUUUUAUUUUGCUGUGAAGG